AUGGCGCCCACCAAGCAGUGCCCCUCCGGCCACCCGCUCGCGCACUGGCAGGCGGAGGCAGGAUCGUGCGACGGUUGCCGCCGCAUCAUCCGCGACGGGGACCUGGUGAUGGACUGCAGGCCGUGCAACUACUACCUAUGCAGCGAGUGCUACAACGGCCGAAGCUCGCUGUGGACGUCGCUGGCGUCCUUCAUCCCCGACUGCACCGCCGACACCCGGGCCUCGAACACAGAGGAGGUGGUGUGCGAUGGCGACAGCGACGGCGCAACGACGGAGGUGGCCGACCCCAGGUGCAACCGGCGCGCGCACCAGGCCUCGAGCGUCGCGAGGGGCGCGCGGGAUGAAGAGCAGCAUGAAGAGAGUGCAGAGUCCGAGGAGGCGGAGGCGCCGGCCGAGCCCCUGGCCACGGCGAAGAGUGCAGCUGAGACCGUCGACCUGCUGGGCGACCUGCUCGACGUGCGGGAUGCGAAGCAGGACGCGGAGCCCCGCUCUACGAAGAGCGCCGUGGAGACCGUGGACCUGCUUGGCGACCUGUUCUCGGAGCACGCGCCGCAGGUCGACCUGGAUCCUUUCAGCGCCAAGGGCCAGGAGGCGCCCAGGCAGCCAGCGCUGCAGGCUGCUCGCUAUGGGGCGGCGUAG